CUGUCAAUAAAGUUGUUUCCUUUUGAAUUUUCCUUUUCCCAAGAUGGCGGAUUAUGAUCUAACGAUGCGAAUCGCUAAUUUCCUGGACCGGCACCUGGUCUUCCCGCUGCUUGAGUUCCUGUCAGUUAAAGAGAUUUACAAUGAAAAGGAACUCCUCCAAGGGAAACUGGAUCUUCUUAGUGACACUAAUAUGGUUGACUUUGCUAUGGAUGUGUACAAGAACCUAUACCCUGAUAAAGAAAUUCCACAAGCCUUGCGAGAGAAGCGCACCACUGUUGUUGCUCAGUUGAAACAGCUUCAGUCAGAAACUGAACCAAUUGUCAAGAUGUUUGAGGAUCCGGAAACAACCAGGCAAAUGCAAUCAACCAGGGACGGACGUAUGUUGUUUGAUUAUCUAGCAGAUAAGCAUGGAUUUCGUCAGGAAUAUUUGGACACCUUAUACCGAUAUGCUAAAUUCCAGUAUGAAUGUGGCAAUUAUUCUGGUGCAGCAGAAUAUCUCUACUUCUUCAGAGUUCUGGUUCCUUCCACAGACCGGAAUGCCCUGAGCUCACUCUGGGGAAAACUAGCAUCUGAAAUUCUGAUGCAGAACUGGGAAGCUGCAAUGGAGGAUCUAACACGACUGAAAGAAACCAUUGAUAACAAUUCUGUCAGUUCACCACUCCAAUCUCUGCAGCAGAGGACAUGGUUAAUUCACUGGUCUCUGUUUGUAUUCUUCAACCACCCUAAAGGCAGAGACAAUAUCAUUGACCUCUUCCUUUAUCAGGCACAGUGA